UAGACAUUCAAACACAUGAAUGAAUAUAUUUUUUGUUUUUUAAAUGCAGUAAAUCUUCUUCAUUUAUUUACUGAUUUUUUUUUUUUUUUUUUUUUUCCCCUUUUAGCUAGUGGAGAUGUUAAAGAAACCUUUGCCAGAGCAAGAAAUGGACAAUACAGGCUUCUAAAAAUAGUUAUUGAAAAUGAGCAGCUUGUUGUGGGAUCUGCGAGGCAGUCUACUGAAUCAUGGGAAAAGGAGUACGAUUCCUUUGUUCUUCCUCUUCUUGAAGACAAGCAACCAUGUUAUAUAUUAUACAGAUUAGAUUCUCAGAAUGCUCAAGGAUAUGAAUGGAUCUUCAUUGCAUGGUCACCAGAUCACUCUCAUGUUCGUCCAAAAAUGUUGUAUGCAGCGACACGGGCAACACUGAAAAAAGAAUUUGGAGGCGGACAUAUUAAAGAUGAACUUUUUGGAACAAUAAAGGAUGAUGUUUCACUGAAUGGCUACAGAAAGUAUUUGCUAUCACAGUCAUCCCCUGCACCUCUGACUGCAGCAGAAGAGGAACUUCGGCGGAUUAAGAUUAAUGAGGUACAAACAGAUGUUGGUAUAGAUUCCAAACAUCAGACUCUGCAAGGGGUAGCAUUCCCAAUAGCUAAAGAAGCUCUCCAGGCUUUGGAAAAACUGAAGAAUAAGCAGAUCAACUAUGUGCAACUGCAAAUUGAUAUAAAAAAUGAAACCAUUGUUUUGGCCAGCACGCUCCGUACUGAACUUAAUGAUUUGCCAAACAGAAUUCCAAAGGAUUCUGCGCGCUAUCAUUUUUUCCUCUAUAAGCAUUCCCAUGAUGGAGACUAUUUGGAAUCCAUAGUUUUUAUCUACUCUAUGCCUGGGUAUAUGUGCAGUAUACGAGAACGGAUGCUCUACUCGAGUUGCAAGAACCCACUCUUAGAAAUUGUAGAAAGUAAAUUGUGGAUGCAGAUUAUCAGGAAGAUUGAAAUUGAUAAUGGUGAUGAGUUAACUCCUGAAUUCCUUUAUGAAGAGGUUCACCCAAAACAACACGGCCACAAACAAAGCUUUCCUAAACCAAAAGGGCCUGCAGGAAAAAGGGGGAUCCGAAGACUAAUUAGGGGUCCAGCAGAAACUGAAACACCUACUGACUGAAGUCUCUUCUCAUGGAGGUAAUAAGGCAUUACUGUAGGAGCUCAAAAAUUCCACUUCACUAAUGAACUGAAAUUUUCACAUUGAUCUACACUAGUAAAUACAGCUUUUUUUCUCCCAAAGCACUUCUUAUCUCACUUUAGAAUUCAUAUUGUUCAUAUGCCAUGGAACAUUAUCAGUUCAAAACUAUUAUUUUAAAUUUGAGCUCGUUGUUUAAUAGCUAUACACUUUAUUAUCUUUCUCUUAAUUUCUAUCCUGAUUCUUGUUCCCACUUAUACUGCGAUGAGUUUCAAUUAAAGGUAGCUGUGGCUAUGGAUUUCCAAAUCUUUACUUUUACAAGUAGCUCAUUGAAACAAAUGAAGACUAUAUGAGAAGGUUUGCAGAACUACACUAUCAUCAUCCCAAAUAAUUAUUUAUUUUUUCCUUUAACUGUCAGAAAAGAAAAAAAAUGUAUUUACUGUCUGCCUGUUUUUGAGGAUUUUUAGAUAAGGAGAUUGAAUGAGAAUCUAUUCUAUUUUGGAAUAAGAAUCUAUUGUAUUUUGAUGCCGAUGUUCAGAAAUAGCCAGACUAUUUUUUUCACAGAAAUGAUUGGCUGCUUCCAAUUAAUUUCUAAUAUUGUGCAAGUAUGUAAUCUUAGAGAAAUUUGAAAGAGAGAGCACUAAAAGUCUUCUUACUUUUAUACCACUAGUAAAGCUUGUAUGUUAAGUACUGUAUGAUCAUGUAAAACAUUACAAAUUUGCACAAGUCUGUACAUUUUAGUGGAUUAUGAAGCUGCUAUAAAAGCACAAAAUGUUUUCAACCGUGCUGUUAAACUAGAUUACUUGUACAGUCUGACUCAAAAGCUUAAGCUUAGUAAACACUGAAAUAGUAUUACCUCAUGAUACUGAAUCAGUUCUUUGAGUGCAAAUUGAUCAGUUGAUUGCAAACUGUUUCCCAGUGCUUAUGCAGUUCCUACUCCAGUGAUGAUAAAGAUGUUCUGAAGGUAAUUUUGAAACAUCCAACUUGAUCUGUUUAAAAAAAAAAACCAACAAAAAAACUGUUGGCAGAACUUGAUUAGUCUUUUAGUCUUUUAGUUUUUCUAAACUGUUAAAGGAGAGUCUAAAGUUUGUUCAUACAGAUGUAAUCUAUUUAACAGUAAAACUAAGUAUAAACAUUUUAUAAAAGGUAGGGAAACAGUGGUGUUAGACAUGAGUUAAUAACUAAGCUUCAGUGAUUAAAAUAUGCUUCAAUGGGACAAGUAAUCUAGGGGAAAAUGUAUAUCCCCAACCAAUGGGAACACUUUUUGUUUGAGCUUUUUUUUGAAGAGCUAAGUGGAUUUCAGGUCUUUUAUCAUUUCAUAGUGUAGCAUAACCAACAUCUUUACUAUACAUAUGUGUGUGCACGCGCGCGCACACACACACACACUCUGCAGAUGGGUAGCUAUGUCACAUUCUUACACAGUGGGGAAAAUAUUUUAAUUUUUCUAGGGUGGACACAUUGAUAUAACUACUUCCUAGUAUGUUUACUUUAGCUGCAACUGUUAUUUCCAUUGGAAUCAGUGGCUAGUUACUGAACUUGUUGGGACUUCACUGGACAAUUCAAAGAUUGCAAUAUAAUAGAUGUUAAAGUAUUCUAUUGCAAUAGAAAUGUUUUACUUCAGUUUUCUUUUUACACCUUUAUACAUGUUUCAGUACUGCCAUGUGCUUCUCUGACCAUCAGUUAAUUCCCUUCCUUCCUUUCAUAGUGAAUUCUUUUGUGACUCUUCAGGCUUUUCCAAAGUAAAUUUAGAUCAGGAAGUUUUUUUUUUUUUCUUUUGGAAUUUAUUUUUUGUCCUUUACACUCAUCUAUCGGAUAUCUUGCUCUUUAGUUAAUGUUAAACAUACCCUGUGAUUUAAGUACUAUAGAAAACAACUGUGAUCUCCUGAACUACACUUUUUGCAGAUGUGAUCCACUUCUCAAUAUACCUAAAGGAGCAAAAAAACUAAGCCCCCUUUCCAGUUUUGUGUCAAGAAAUUUAGAACUGGUUAAACUGACAUUCUUUCUUUCCUGCAUCAGAAAAAACCCAUGCAGGCCUCUCCUCCACUCACUUGUCACAAGCUCUGUAUCUAAAAAAAAUGUUUUACACUUUCUGGAGGAUGGGUUGGAAAGAUUUGGACCCUUUUCUAAAUCAUCAAGCAGCUGAUGUUGGGAGAGGGAGAAAUAUUAGCUCCCUUCUCCAGUUGCUUAAUGAACUGUUUUGGAGCCAAACCAAAAACAAACAUCAACCUGUCUCUUUUUAAAAUUUUCUUUAAAAUACUGACUAACAGUCACCAUGUUCUGCAGAAGUCCCUCUGACCAGCUUGCAGCGUGGAGUGUGACUGAGUACUUUCCCACCAUACCCUACUGCUAAAAGAUGAGACCACAGCCUUUGUUAAAUAUUCUCCUGGAACAGAAAACAGCAAAAACAUAGAGUUAGUUAAAUAGGACCUUACAGGACACAUACCAAUUGAUUCAUUCCAGCUACAUUAAUUUGACCUAUCAUAGACAAUUACUAGAGGAAAGGAGGGAGAAGUAUCUUAUUCAACUUCUUUCAUGGUUGUAUCUGAAUAAGUACCCACCUUGUAAUACUAUACAGGCACAUAAUCGCUAGUGAAUACUUAGCAAAACACAAAAUAAGGGCAUUAAUAGAAGGAUUGAGGUUCCUUGAAAUGUUAUUUGGUUUAAACGCUCCAUUCUUAAGUGCUGUUUGAAUUAAUAAAGCAUGCAGGGAAAGAUGAAGCUGCUAACAAUGCACGUCAGAAAUUUAACAUGCAAGUAAACUCUACCUUGCUUAUAUUUAUUUCAACAAUUCAGAUGACAAGUACAGAGAGAAUUAUUUUUUAAUCACCAACUUAUGAAAGGUAACAAGGAGGAAAAGAAGGUCUUUUAAAAUAAUAGUUCAACUCCUGUUGGAGAGAUCUCUAAUCAAGGUAUUAAUUCUACUACCAUUUAGAUAGUUAAUUUACUUACAAGUGAUUACAGACUAUGGAAACCUCUGCCUCUGAUCUAUAUGUACUGAAUGUAAAACACCUUCAAAUUCUUCAGAUAGAACUGUACUUAAAUUUCUGUUUUGCAAUUUCACUUUAUAAAUAAAGACUGAAGUUUAUAAUUCA